CGCCAUUAUCGCGGUGACUGGUGACCGCGCGUCGCCGCCUCCGAUCCACCGCUUGCUUUAUAUAGCUUCGAGACCCCUCCCCUCCUCUUCACCCUCACUGCUCCGGCCGUGUCUUGAGCCUUGAUCUCAUCGCCUCUUCCCCGCUCUCCGUCCCCUCUAGCAAAAAGACUCGGCGACAUGGCCGUGCAAGCGCAGUUCGGCGGCCUCGCCGGCUGCUUGCCGCCCUACGCGGCGGCGGCGGAUUGCUUGGCCGACGACCAGGUGCGCGCGCUCCUGUCAGCCGCCGCGGGCAACAAGGCGUGGCAGUACAACUGCCCGGCCGGCGUGGCCAGCGGCGCGCAGAGCGACCUGACGUGCAACGGCGGCGGCGGCGGCGGAGUGGUGUUGCCGUCGCGGAAGCGCGGCAGGGAGGAUGCGCUCAAUCAGUACGUGGCGCCCUCGUCGGCGGCGCUUCUGCCGAUCCCGGGGAUGCAGAGAGCAGCCGUGGCGCUGCGCUCGCCCGCGCGGGCGGCGGUCGCGACCCGGAUGGCGGAUUCCGGGACGGCGUCGACGAGCGGGCGGGCGGCCGCCGCGGGCGCGGCGUCGGUGGCGGACGUGCUGGUGGCGGAGCUGUGCCAGCAGGGCGCGGAGGUGGACGCGCUGGUGCGCGCCGAGUGCGAGCGGCUGCGCGCCGGGCUGGAGCAGGCGCGGAAGCGGCAGCGCCAGGCGCUGGUGCGCGCCGCGGCGGCGGGCGCGGCGCGCGCGCUGCGGGAGAAGGAGGCCGAGCUGGGCGCCGCGCGCCGGCGCGCCGCGGAGCUCGAGGAGCGGCUCCGGCAGGCGGCCUCCGAGAGCCAGGCGUGGUGCGGCCUGGCGCGCAGCAACGAGGCCGCCGCCGCGGGGCUCCGCGCCGCGCUCGACACCCUGCUCCUCCGCGGCGGCGGCGCUCCGGCGCAGCCCGCCGAGGAGGAGGGCUUCGGCGAGUCGGACGCCGCCCUUGCCGCCGCGGCUGCGGACGACGCGGAGUCCCGCUGCUUCGUCGAGGCCGACGACGCCGGCGCGGGCGCGGACACGUCGUCCUCGGCGAGCAGGUGGGCGUGCAGGGGGUGCGGCGCGGGCGAGGCGUCGGUGCUGCUGCUGCCGUGCCGGCACCUCUGCCUGUGCAAGGCGUGCGAGCCCCGGGCGGACGCCUGCCCCGUCUGCCUGGCGCCCAAGAACGCGGCCAUCCACGUCGCCGCUAACUGACCGCGUCAUCCGCUGCCGCCGUCGUCCACGGCGCGCGAGCGAGCCGGCUCCGGCGAUCUCGCUACCAUCUAGCCUCCAGCCGAGUAAUUCGGGCUGCCUGUAGAUUAGGCCGAUUGACAUGACCCCGUUCGUUCAGUUCUUUUGGUGAAUAUUGAAGGGUUGAGAUGAAUGUCUACCCUCGAGUUCUGAUGUAAAACAGAUUGUUCUUUUUGUAAAAGAGAUUAACAUCUUUUUUACUGGCUACUAGUAUUACUUUUACAGCGGCACCAUUCCGUCCGGAUGCAA